AUGUUCCGCUUCUCCGCUCUCCUACUACGUGGUCAAUAUAAGACACGUUUGAAGAAGCGUAUGGUGGGAUUUAUUCCCAAAGUAAUUCCACGGAAAAUAAAGAACAAUAUGGUGGCGCUUCGAAGCGAGGCGAACACAGGGCAUAUGGAAGGUUACUUAAAAACAGAGUCAGAGAGAUUAGAUGCAACGGGACGCAAAUUGCAAAAAGUGCUAUGGGAUCCUAUUCUACAGCGGUACUGUUUGUUCAAGGAAACAAAGAUUCGCGGACCAUUUAUGACAAAGUCAUCUAUAGCAAGAAAAGUUGACUUCCCUAUAGGGGGUUCUGCUACAGUUUCCAAAAAAUAG